ACGCCCAGACGCUGCUACCUGCUACUGUGUCUUGAACUGACUAUACCAGGAGGUCUAUAGGAUGCCAUGGAGGACCGUAAUGCCCAGGCUACAGUUGGGGGUAUUCUAAUUACCGGCAACUCGGGUACGUCACCGCAGACUGCAACAGAGGAGAGUAAUGAUGACCUCAGUAUGGAACUCUCCCCAUGGAAAAACUUCAGAUUAAGUCAAGUACUACUUCCGGUUCUGUGUGCUGCUUUUAUCGCCGUGGUCGUCAUCGUCAUUGCCUGCUGUCUUAUUAAGAAAAAAGCGAAGCCGUUUCAGCGGCGAAGAGGGAGGAGUAUUCACACCAUUGAAUCGUCACACGACACCUCGGAGUAUGGGAUCUAUGACGUCAUUGAUCAGGUGAAGGUGAAAGGAAGACAGAACGACAAGUCCCGCCGUCAAGACAGACUCAACUCUAACUGUAUCCUCGUUAGUCAGUCCCAGGUGACCCUCAACAAGCUUAGCAACGUCUUCUCCACCCCCAUUUCCGGCGAACCGGUCACUGCCGGCAACAACUUGAGCUACCUGCUGGCCCCGAACUCGCCCAAGUGCACCAGACACGACUGGAGCAAAUUUGACCGGAAAUUCUCGGCUAAAGAUGACUGCAGCGAGAAAUCUUCCAAAUCAAGCAAGGAAGAAGAGGAGGGGAUCUACGAGACCCUGGACAGAUACUGGACAUUGAAUAACUCUUUCAAGGGGGUCAAGUGCAUGCAGGAACAGCCCAGCGACAGCCCGGGACAAAAUGUCGCGGACAGCUUGACCAACACGCUGCCCCACCACUGCAAGUACGAGAAGGACUCCGGUGUGGUCAGUGACGCGGAGACGAUGUCCGUCUGCUCCACGACCGUCCCGCAUCUCCCAGAACGAGGCGGCCGGGAUAAAAUUCUCUGCCAGCUGACCUUAUUUCACAUCUCGGACGAGGACGAGAGUUCGCGGCAGGCUGAAACCGUGUACUACUACGUCAACCUACAGAGCCUGUCGUCCGACCACACAGGCAACCUGCCGUCCAUGCUACAGAACGCUCGUCUGCAAGUCGUCUCUGAGACGGAAGUCGACGUCCAGAAGUUAGCCACACCAAACAUCACUCUAGAACCGGUGGAGAACAACAAAGUCCCGAAAAUAAACGAAAACACAAACAGGGGUGAUUAUCAGUCAAAAGUUUCCAGUCCCAAAUCUAAAGUUUCCAAUUAUGAACAUUUCCCGCGUUCCCAUUCAAAAAGAAAUCCGAUACUUUUUGCUAAAAAGUCGGAAAGUUUCCGCGGGGCUUCCUCGGAGCUUACGGCGGCACGCGAGUCGUGUAUGAACCGCCGGCGACGAAGCGACUCCAGUAACGGAGAAGUCCCGCCAAACUCACCGGGGAACUCCCCGCCGUGUCCAGCUAGCGGACCUGAGACAGAGGACAUUCUGAAGAAGUUAGGACCUCUCCCGCCUGUCCCGAGUUCACGGAGUGCGUUGUGCAGGUCGGAGUCUGAAAAAUGCGGGCACGCCAAAAAGGCACCAAGAUACGUGACAGCUAGCGUCAGAGACAGACGGUUUCACCAAAGCCCGUCACAAACAUCCCUGGCCAAGUACGCAGGCCGGCCCCUACCCCUCAGCCCAGAGCGUCAUGCUACUCAGUCAUGCAAAGAUAACCACAUUAAUCAGCGGUCCAUUUCGGAAGAAUUCAUUGAUAAAAUAAAACUUUCAGCGACACCUGGUGUGCAAGUCUGUGAAGACGAGAACGAACUAGGAGGCGCUGAGGUGUCGGUUCAUACAAACCACGACGGUGCUACCACAACGGAAAGUCUGGAAGAUGAGCACUUCCAGGCAGGACUUGAGGACCCUGUAGGACUUGAUGACACGGGGCUGGACGAAGAAAACGAAACCUGCACACAUUACUUUGUUCUCGAGCCUCGAACCGUCUCGGAUUUGAGCGAUUCCAGCAAUGAAAGUGAUUCUAGCUCCGAUCAAUUCUUAUACUGAACUAUUUAAACGUAUUUAUCGAAUUUCCACUAAAACGACUCUAAACUAUAGAAUAAGUUGAAAGAGAAAGAACGAAUUCUAAACACAAGAUUUCCGUGUAAGCUAAUAGAAAAUUGGCGUCAAUACAAAAAUGGGACACAGAUAUUUGUUUGAUGUCGACGAACAAUGCAGUCCGAUAAAACUGUUUCAAGAAAUGGGUGGACACAUUGGAUCACGUGUGUAGGAAAGCGGGUGACAGCCAGAUGCACGUGAGCGUGUCGCGCCUGAGGAAAAAAAAUCAGCGCUCGUUUACGCCAGAAACAUUCGAGUAAUUUGAACAACGUUUGCUUUAAUAUCCCCAGUGCUGUGGUUGCAGAAACAACACAUUUAUCUGUCACACAAUCUACCCCCCCUCCCCACACACACUACCCCACCCCCUACACAUUCCCACACCCUCCCCUUAUUACGAAUUUUUUUUGGUUCGUUGAACAUUACUCAACUGCCUUGUUAAAUGGACGUGUUGUGGAAAUGUCAGCCCAGCAAUCAUGUAAUCUUCAUGUUGGUGUAAAAAUGUUGAAGUGAAGAGGACUGUGAUUUUUGGUGCAGGGUAUAAUGGGCGUGAUGUAAUGUCAGUAUAGCUGUAAUAAGCUAGCUAUGGCUGUAAUUAUUGUGUGCUGAUUGUGUACAUAAUUUAUUAACAUGUUAAUUUUAUUUAAAUUCCAUAUCUUGUGACUUAGUCAUAGCGAUUAAAAACUAUAAAUUACAAUGCCUUUUAAUUAAGUGUUUGUAUGUUUUGGUUUCUGUUGGUGUGUGUAUUGGUGUGUG